GAAGUGCUAUAACAAGAACACAAGUAAACUGCCAAACAAACCUUGAAAUUUACAAAAAAUGCCACCCCAACCGCCACCUCCGCCACCGUCAAAACCCCUUAAACCCUACUUCUUCUACGGCCACCGUAAACCCUCACAAAACCGCCCUGUAGUCCGCGGUGGCCUCUUCACAAACCGUCAAACCGUCAAACCACAACCUCCAAAAAACCCCAUCACCCCUUUCAAGCCAUUCGAUCUCCACAAAUGGGACCCACAGCAAAACCUUCCCCACCAGCCACAACCUUCCAAACCUCAAUCUCCACGAUCACGACACUCCCUCGCCCUCUCCCAACGCCUCUCCCCCAUUGCCAGAUUCAUCCUCGACGCAUUCCGCAAGAACCGGAACCAGUGGGGCCCAGAAGUGGUGACAGAGCUCUGCAAACUCCGGAGGGUGACACCGGACCUGGUUGCCGAAGUACUGAAGGUCGAAAACAACCCUCAGUUAGCGACAAAGUUCUUUCACUGGGCAGGUAAACAGAAAGGGUUUAAGCAUACUUUUGCUAGUUAUAAUGCUUUUGCUUAUAAUUUGAACAGGAGCAAUUUUUUUAGAGCUGCUGAUCAGUUGCCUGAAUUAAUGGAAGCACAAGGGAAGCCACCGACGGAAAAACAGUUUGAAAUUUUGAUUAGAAUGCAUUCGGAUGCGAAUAGGGGACUUAGAGUUUACUAUGUGUAUCAAAAGAUGGUGAAAUUUGGGGUUAAACCGCGUGUUUUUUUGUAUAAUAGGAUAAUGGAUUCAUUGAUUAAGACGGGGCAUUUGGAUUUGGCAUUAUCGGUUUAUGAGGAUUUUAGGAGGGAUGGACUGGUGGAAGAGAGUGUUACUUAUAUGAUUUUGAUAAAAGGGUUGUGUAAGGCAGGGAGGAUAGAGGAAAUGAUGGAGGUUUUAGGGAGAAUGAGGGAGAAUUUGUGCAAACCGGAUGUUUUUGCAUAUACAGCAAUGGUUAGAGCGUUGGCAGGAGAAGGGAAUUUGGAUGCUUGUUUGAGGGUUUGGGAGGAGAUGAAGAGGGAUGGGGUGGAGCCGGAUGUGAUGGCAUAUGUGACUUUGGUUACGGCGUUGUGUAAAGGAGGGAGGGUGGAUAAAGGGUAUGAGGUGUUUAAGGAGAUGAAGGGGAGGAGGAUAUUGAUCGAUAGAGGAAUUUAUGGGAUUUUGGUUGAGGCAUUCGUGGCGGAUGGAAAGAUUGGGUUGGCUUGUGAUUUAUUGAAGGAUUUAGUGGAUUCAGGGUAUAGGGCUGAUCUGCGAAUUUAUAAUUCACUUAUUGAAGGUUUUUGUAAUGUUAAGAGGGUUGAUAAGGCUCAUAAGCUUUUUCAGGUUACAGUUCAGGAGGGUCUUGAACGGGAUUUUAAGACUGUGAAUCCUUUGCUGAUGUCUUAUGCGGAGAUGAAAAAGAUGGAUGAUUUUUGCAAGCUUCUUAAGCAAAUGGAGAAGUUGGGAUUUUCUGUCUUUGAUGAUCUCUCCAAAUUCUUCUCGUAUGUGGUUGGGAAGCCAGAAAGAACUAUGAUGGCCUUGGAAGUGUUUGAAGACUUGAAAGUAAAAGGUUAUAGUAGUGUGCCUAUCUACAAUAUACUUAUGGAGGCUCUCCUUACGAUUGGAGAGAUGAAAAGGGCAUUAUCACUUUUUGGUGAAAUGAAGGACUUAAAUAAACCCGACUCAACAACUUAUAGCAUUGCAAUUAUAUGUUUUGUAGAAGAUGGAAACAUCCAAGAGGCUUGUGUUAGUCAUAACAAAAUAGUUGAGAUGUUCUGUGUCCCUUCUGUUGCUGCCUAUUGCUCUCUUGCUAAAGGGCUUUGUGAUAAUGGAGAGAUUGAUGCAGCUAUGAUGCUUGUUCGUGACUGCUUAGCCAGUGUUGAAAGUGGGCCCAUGGAGUUCAAGUACAGUCUCACGAUUCUUCAUGCAUGUAAAACAGGUGGUGCUGAAAAGGUGAUUGAUGUGCUAAAUGAGAUGAUGCAGGAGGGUUGUACUCCCAAUGAAGUUAUAUAUUCUGCUAUCAUCUCUGGUAUGUGCAAGCAUGGGACAUUUGAAGAGGCAAGAAAGGUGUUUACAGAUUUGAGACAGCGUAAAAUUUUGACUGAAGCAAAGACAAUUGUGUUUGAUGAAAUAUUAAUUGAACACAUGAAGAAGAAGACAGCUGACUUGGUAUUGGCAGGACUAAAGUUCUUUGGUCUAGAGUCAAAGUUGAAAGCAAUGGGUAGCACGCUUCUGGGAAGCUGAAUAGUUGUUUGCAGUCACACCAGUGGAAUAUGGAUCGUGUGUUGCAGGAUAAGAUUCUGAUGCCCAUUAGUGUGAGCAUCGUGAUGAAUAAGACUCAGCGGACUGGUGAACCUGGAGUCAAGGUCUCACUUGGACAUGCAUGCUCUUACAACACUCAAUAGGUGGGUUCAAAUCUCAAGCAUGCCUUCUAUUCAUCAUCAAGCAGUCAGGCUGUGAAAUGCCUGCAGAGUCGUUCCUUUUUUUUGGCACCAAUUCUCUCGACCAAACAGUUCUUGCUCAUCCCAUUUUGGUUUUAUUACCUCAUGCAGUUAUUGUUAUGUACAGGAAAAAUGUGCAAUUUUGUAAUUUAAAAGAUUAAUGUCAAAGAACUUCAAGUCCGGGAGCAUUUGAUAGUUGCUAGUCAGUAAUCUAACUGGUUGGUCAAAUGUCUAAUUUAUCAUCUUCUUUAUGUUGACGCUUACCUGUUGAUUCCCUGAAGUGUCUUUGUAAACUGCAUCCAAGUUUACAUUGGACAGGAAAUAUUGCAAUGUGAUGCUUGAAGGAAACUGAGUGGUGCUUAUGGACAAUAUGAAAGAAGAGGGGGCAUUCGAGUAGUACUUAAUAUGGUUAAUAUCCAAGAGUUUUUGAUUGAUUGAUCAAUUCCAGGGGAAGAUCCUGGAGAUUUGUACCAGUAUAGAUCCAAAAGUAUGAAUAACAUUUCUUUCUUGUGCUGUGUUACUGUCACUAUGGAGAGGAAUCUGAAUUUGGUGUAUAUUGUUGUUGGACUUGUGAUUGCUCUAUUUUCGGUCUUAGAAAAGGAGAGGCCACCUCAAAAGGAGCUGAAUGGGAUACAGUGGUCUCUGCUCAUAGGGAAGCCUCUUUAUAGAAGAUUCUGUCUGCCUGCUUCUGUUAUUUUUCAUGGAAAGGAAAACCUAUAGAGGGUUGCUGGUGUGGGUCAAGAACACCAUCAGAUCGAGGACAAUCAUCAACUUACUCUUCUUUUCCAAAAGUUCCUAUAUUUAUAAAGGUUCUCAAGGACAAAUCAUCCAAGUUUUAAUUGCUUUUAACACCAUUUGUAGCUGAUUUGAGGAGUUACCAAAGUAAAAGGGAUGUAUAGUUGAUUGAAGAGUGAAAGAAAUUCUUCCACACUGGCUCGGUUGCUUCUGUAGCUUGCGGAGUUCCCUUCUUGCUUUAUGAUUUCAGAUAUUCAGGAACACUGAGACAAUGAGAAGAAGAUUAAGAUCUUGUCACUGCAAAAUUUGGUGGUUUACUGGUUUGAUGACUCCCCUUGUUCCUACAGAGGAUGCACCGUCAGCAUUGGAGUUUGUUUUUAUAGGAGCAGUGAAGCAGCCAUGUAUUGUUUAACUUUGUGAUUGGAGCUUGUUUAUAUAGUAAUAUGGAGCAGUGAAGCAGCCAUGUAUUGUUCAACUUUGUGAAUGGUAAUCUGGUAAUGGUAAUGGAUGAUGGAGUGCUGAAAGCUUUAAAUAUUUUUAUGAGGAAUUGGAAACUUGGCUGGACAUGGAUUUCCUCUUAUCAAAUCACUUUCAGCUGUGGGUAAAACAGGGACCCUGCAAAAAUCUCAUGUUGGACAAGGCAGGAAACACUUGGCUCUAUUAUGCAUUUUGAAGAAAACAAAUGCUGAACAACUGUCCGGAUAAGUUGCAGAACUCUUAGCUUAAGUUGGAAACCUCUCUUUCUGUGAUUUACAUGUUUUUUUAUAGACAUCAGAUGAAAAUUUAAGAAUUUUGUUUCCCUUCCUAGGAGACAAGUCUUCAAAGCUUUUGGUGCAACCUUGUAAACAGGCCUAGGGAUAUCACUGCACAACAAAUACCGGAUAUCCUCGUAUACCUUUGGUAGUAUGAAGAACCAGAUUAGAGCUACUUGUGGUGUCAGGCAGCCUUGCAUGAAGAUUAGGCAGAAACCUGGUUUUGAUGUUCAGCAGAUGAUUAGGUUGUAUAGCCUUUCUUCCCAACUUUCUACGGCUUCAGCAGACACACUGCUAUUAUUUGUAAACUAAACAAUUUCAUGCUGAGCCAGUUUACCACAUGCGGCUUGAUUCUCCUGUAAUUGGUGUCCAGAUGAUUUUUUCCAUCACUAAUCAACUAAGAAAUUAUAUAUUAUACAAAGUACAAACAA